ACGCACGCACACGCGCGCGCGGCUCUGCGCUGCUUUUCUGAGUGUUACGGCGCCCUUCCACCGCCCCCGCGCGGCGCGGGCGGGGACCCACCGGUUCCGCUCGGCGCUAGUCGCGGAGAAAGGAGGACCCCUGGGAACAAGAUCCCGCCGUCCGGUCUCCCAGCACUUUUAAGCGGUAGGCCCGCAUGGAGGGGACUGCGGAGUCCCAAUCGCCUGACCUUCGAGACGUGGAGGGCAAGGUGGGCAGGAAGACCCCUGAAGGGCUGCUCCGCGGGCUGCGAGGCGAAUGGGAGCCAGCAACCUCUGGCGCCCUGCUGCUCCCGGGGGCGCCCAACACGGGCCACGGCCUGGGGGACAAGAUCAUGGCGCUGAGGAUGGAGUUGGCUUACCUGCGAGCCAUCGAUGUGAAGAUCCUGCAGCAGCUGGUGACUUUGAAUGAGGGCAUCGAGGCUGUGCGCUGGCUGUUGGAGGAGCGGGGGACAUUGACCAGCCACUGCAGCAGCCUCACCAGCAGCCAAUAUAGUCUGACAGGCGGGAGUCCAGGCCGCUCAAGGCGAGGCAGCUGGGACAGCCUGCCAGACACCAGCUCCACUGACCGGCUGGACAGUGUCUCCAUCGGCAGUUUCCUAGACACGGUGGCCCCCAGCGAGAUGGAUGAACAGGGCCCCCCUGGGGCUCCCCGUCCUGAGAUGGACUGGGCAAAGGUUAUACCCAGUGGGAACAGGGCCAGGACUGAGGUGGACCUGACAGCCACCAGGCUAGGGAACUUGAGGGCUGUAUGGAAGCCCCCAGGGGAGGGGCUCCAAGGUGGACCUCCUGAACCACUAGAGGAUGAAAGUGUUAAGCUUGGCUUUGAGGCCCACUGGUAUUGGGGGCAGUGCCAGGAUGAUGUGACCUUCUUGUAAUAACUUUCCCGUCCUUUCAUAUUUCUAUAACUCUUUCAUCACUAGGUCCUGGUCUCCCUAGAAAUUUAUUCUCCCUUAUUCUGGGUCUAGGAGGAGCCUGCAUUGAAAUCCAGUUACCGUGGAAACCUGGCCUUACCAUCCUUCUGGCCCCUAAGGAGGCUCUGCUUUUAUCCUUCAAUUAUUGGGACCCUAGAGCUAUUUACAUAGAUACAAUGACUCUAGAGGCUUGACCUGUAGCUUCUGGUGUGAUAGUAUCUCUUCCCCUUCCCCCUGCAACUACGUAAGGAUUUGAGGGAUUUAGGACCCAUAGGAGAUCACUGAUG